UGCGUGCUGUUAAAAUGGCGACUUUGCUACGCCCGCGCAGUUUCUGUUUUGCUCGCACAAGCGCCAUGUGUCGGUUUUCGUCGUUUAGAUCGGCCGUUCGACGUCCUGCAGCAUUGGCUUGUAUACAACAGCAGCGCGUUUCGCGCAGAGCGACCGCGAGUAGUGCUGUCGAGAAGAGCGCUGUUGGACAUUGGACUCAGGAGAGAAUCGUGACGGUCACGCAGCUGGGUCUCAUUGGAGCAGCGUUCGCUGUUGGUCCGAAUGCAGUGAGCGAUUGGGGUUUGGCAGUGCUGCUGCCUUUACACACAUACUGGGGUAUCAAUCAGGUUAUUCAUGAUUAUGUCCCAGAGGUGAUGCGGAUCUUUGUCAAGACCGGAUCCGCUCCGGAAACCGCCAGGAAGAUCAUUCAGAUGUUGUGGCUCGGUACAUCUCUGCUGACGUUUGCCGGUUUGUGCUACGUCAAUGUGUACGACGUUGGACUAUGCAAGGCCGUGCAGACACUGUGGACAAAGAUAUAGACUGAAUCAGACUGACUAGCUUUAUAAGUACUCAUAUGACGUCAUUACUGGGUGGAGAUAUUGAUUUCAACUUGCUGUAGAAAUUAUCCA